UGCAGCUCAGUCUGCAGCUGGAGACGCCGAGUGAGCGAGUGGGAGAUGGACUGAGUGAGGGCGCUCUUCCGACCAGCGCUGCCGAUAGCAUUCGAAUACCCACAAGCUAGGCUCCGAUCACUGACGAUCCCAGGUCGCAGAAUCAACAAGAGAAAAACACGGCACCGUUUCCAGUCUUUCACCUCCCACUCCCAACACACUAACACGGCAUUGAUGGUAAUGUAUGCAAGGAAACAACCGAGACUCGGCGAUGGGUGCGACCGAAGAGAUUCUCAGCCCUAUCAGACUCUCAAAUACUCAUCGAAGAGCCAUCCAGGAGGGGACCACCGACAUGAAAAGAUCCGCGACUCCUCAGAUGUCACUCCUCCCUGCAAAAUGCUCCGGAGGUCUGACAGUCCUGAAAACAAACACAUGGACAGCACGGGGCACAGCAGAGCAAAGGCUGUCCACACACACCGGGCCAGAGACCGAGAUGGAGGGACCAGUUUUUCCCCUCAAGAAAAUUCUCACAACCACACCUCCCUUCAUAGCUCCAACUCUCAUUCAAACCCCAGCAAGACCUCAGACACAUCCCACGAACCUGGUGACGACUGGUCAGAGCACAUCAGCUCCUCUGGAAAGAAAUAUUACUACAACUGCAGGACCGAAGUGUCCCAGUGGGAGAAGCCCAAAGAAUGGCUUGAGAGAGAACAGAGGCAAAAAGAGGCAACAAAGACUGCGGUUGUCAACAGUUUUCCCAAAGACAGGGACUACAGAAGGGAGGCUAUGCAAGCAUCGGCAGCCCCGACUGGUUCCAAGUCAACCCAGGUGGAGAAGCCCGCAGCGACCCAUGCCACCCAGUCUCAGUCAUCAUCCUCAGGCUCGGGGAGCAUGAACCUGUCAUCAGGGCCCCCUGGAUCGUCGGCGUCCACGGUGCCGGUGUCUCCGGUCCUGCAGUCGUCAGCCCCUCCACUACUUCAGGACCCCACCCUGCUUCGCCAGCUCCUCCCAGCACUUCAGACUGCCCUGCAGCUCAACAACGCCAGUGUGGACAUGGCGAAAAUCAAUGAAGUUCUCACAGCUGCUGUCACACAAGCUUCAUUACAGUCGAUGCUCCAUAAGAUCCUCACUGCUGGACCAUCGGCUUUCAAUAUCACUACUAUCCUCUCUCAAGCUGCACAACUCUCCAGCCAAGCAGCUCAGCAAUCAAACCAGUCACCAAUGUCAUUAACAUCGGACGCCUCAUCGCCCAGGUCCUAUGUGUCUCCGAGGAUCAGCACGCCCCAGACCAAUGCUGGUCCUCUAAAGCCCCUCCUCAGCACGCAGCCUGUCAUCUCACAGUUAAAAGUGAGCACGCAGUCAGCGAAGCAGGCGUCUCAUCCUCAGCCCACAUCCCAGCAUCACCUCUCCAGCGAUAAGCAGCACAGUCAUGAUGCCCCCACGGCCUCCCCACGCACACAGCAGCGCCAUGGCAGUCAGAGGAGUCCCUCCCCGGGUCCCAACCAUGUUGCGUCCAGCAGCAGCAAUGCCCACAACUCUUCCUGCCCUCCCCCCACCGCCUCAUCAGCCCGGCCCUCCUGCACCUUCACCCCCUCCCUCGCUGCCCACUUCAAUGAGAACCUUAUCAAACAUGUGCAGGGUUGGCCUGCUGAACACGCGGAGAAACAGGCGUCAAGACUACGUGAAGAGGCACACACCAUGGGCAGCAUCUGCAUGUCCGAGAACUGCACUGAGCUCAAAAACCUCCGGUCUCUGGUCAGAGUCUGUGAAAUCCAAGCAACAUUGCGUGAGCAGAGGAUACUGUUUCUGAGACAGCAAAUCAAAGAACUCGAAAAGUUGAAGAAUCAGAAUUCUUUCAUGGUCUGAGACUUUCUGGUUGAGAGUUGGAAGCGGGCGCUUUUGGAAACGAGGGGCGAGAGACCCAUUGCACAUAGUUGGAAGCUGGCGUGGAGUGAGCAGUUGUUCAGCUCCUCUUGAGCCCAGUCUUAACACACACACACACACACACACACACAGACAGGAGCUGCAGUUGGGUCGCCUUUGGACCGUUGUGCUGGGGGAAACCAAGGGGGAUAAAAAAUGAAGAGCUGCUGUGG